AUUACCCCUGCAGGCAUGCCACAUUCUCUAGAGACAUGCUUGCUAUGUAAAUGCUGGUAUUCACUCCUGUGGAACAGUCUCCUGCCUGAAUUGCUACUGAUUCUCUGUGCCAGACACUGUCUGUUUUUAUUGAAAUCACUGGCACUAAAUCUGUCUGCCAGACCUUCCGCAAUCGGUCACACUAGUCCUCUGCCUAUCCUACUUUAUGAAGACUACCAGCAGACAGCCGACUGGCUGCUCUCCCAGACACAGCACCGCCCCAAAGUGGCCAUCAUCUGUGGCUCAGGUCUGGGCAUGCUUGCAGACGCGCUUAAGUGCCAGGACUCCUUCAAGUACGCAGACAUCCCCGGCUUCCCACAGAGUACAGUGCAGGGACAUGCUGGCAAGCUGGUGUUCGGGGACCUCAAAGGGAAGACGUGCGUGUGUAUGCAGGGCCGAUUCCACAUGUAUGAGGGACACUCACUGUGCAAGGUGACCUUUCCUAUUAGGGUUUUCAAGCUCCUGGGCGUAGAGACCGUGAUUGUCACAAAUGCUGCUGGCUCGCUGAAUGACACCUACCACUGUGGUGACAUCAUGAUUAUCAAGGACCACAUCAAUUUCCCGGGCUUCGCUGGGCUAAACCCUCUCAACGGACCCAACGAGGAGAGGUUCGGACCUCGGUUCCCCCCCAUGUCAGGGAUUUAUGACAAGCACCUGCGGCAAAUGGCUUUUGACAUCUGCAAAACCAUGGGCUUCGCACAGUUUGUGCAGGAGGGCGUCUACUGCAUGGUGGGAGGCCCAAACUUCGAGAGCAUCGCUGAGGCCGGCCUUUUACACAAACUUGGUGUGGAUGCAGUCGGCAUGAGCACGGCUCCAGAGGUGGUGGUGGCAGGCCACUGCGGCAUGAGGGUGUUCGGCCUAUCCCUCAUCACCAACAAAGUGGUGAAGAGCUAUGAGGACACGGAGUCCGUUAACCAUGAGAGUGUCCUGGAGGUCAGUAAGAUGCGCUCAGAGACCCUGCAGACACUGGUCACAGAGUUAGUGAGCCGCAUGGACAUCAACAACAACACUGCGUGAUGUCAGCAUCAUCAUCAUCAGCAUCAACAACAACAACAACAACAACAAGAAAACAGACUGCAAUGACAGUACACUGCCUGGCCUGCUCCUCUCACAUGAAACCGAAACACUUGACAGUUUAUACCAGAAUAUUUGCAGCUAUUUGAUGUGGUCAGAAAUUCAGUCAGCAAACUAAGGUGCACUGUUGAGUGUGUAAAUGUAACAGUAGAAGAGUCCAUUUCAAUACCAUGAUCUUUGUCAUGCUUGUGCUGUAUGUGCUGUCAUAAGUUUGAAUGGUAACGUUUUCUUGUGAUUGAAAGAAUUACAAUUCCUCUAUACAUUACACACAGUCUUCCUCAGCAAAUGUGAAAGUGAGCAACAGUGGAAAAUAAGGUGCACAUUUUUAAGGAAAAUCUUGUUUAUGUACGAAGAUGUACUCAAACGUUUACAAGAGAAAGCAUAACUAUAUAACUUAUAACAGUUGUCUUAGAUUCUUAUGUGUUAGAUGGCUACUAUGUUAAUACAUCUAUGGGUCUUACAUUUUAAAAUUAAUAUAAACUAUAUUGUCUGUGCCUGUAUAUAUAAGAUUAUCCCUUGGAUGUAUAUGGUGCUUUAUGAAAAAAAAAAUUGGAAUCGGAAUUCUACCUGUAAGUACUUGUACAUAUCACUCAUACAAUUGUUCUCAGACCUUAUUUUAUAUGAAAUAAUGACUCGUUAACCACAACAGAAAAUCUUCAAUAAACACGCUUCAACCAA